AUGGUUUGUUUCGCAUAUUUACAGUUUGCGAUGGUAACUGAACGUUUUGUGGCUUUGUGGAAGCGCAGUAAGUACGAAUCAUUUGGAAAGAAAGUGGGAAUGGGCUUAGCAACUAUAUCGGUGGGAAUCUAUUCGAUCUUUUUUGCUUUCGCUGCUACUGCUUGGACACUGCGUCGCGAGGAAUACUCCACCACAGCUUAUUGUUCCUCUUCCACGCCAAAUAGUUUGACAAGAUUAUCAGUAUUAUGUAUAGUCCUCUGUGGUGUAAGUGUAGCUACGUCAGCAGGAAUAGCAAUUUUGUACAGCAGUAAUCAUGUUGCUGUCAAGAGUAAGCCGUUUGACCUGACUACUUCCUAUCAGCUGAACGAAAAUUACUCUGUUAUCAAACUUCUCCUGCCUUUAACAGUUUUCCAAAAUAUAUGCUAUGUUUAUUUCACUGCUUCGUCUGCAGUAUUUACACUACUGGCAAACAGAUUUGAGCAUACUACAUUUCGCAUUCUAUUUCCUCUUUGUUACGUCAUACCUUUCUACACCUUCGUUUGUCCGAUCUUAAUCUGGUAUAUCGUUCUGAAGUCAAGACGUCUUAAUAGAAAGAAACUUGAACAAGCUACACAAGUUCAUAACAAAGCGGAUGACGUAUACUUCGAUGCAUACUCGAAAGUGUGGGGAUGA